AUGGCAGACGAGACUCCCUUAUUCGGACUCGAUAAAGAACUGAAGGAGAAGGCCGAUGCCAAGUUCGAUCCAGCACGAGCUGCAGAAGCUCAACAUUGGAUUGAAACCGUGACAUCAGAACGUUUUGUUUCUUCUGACUUUGAGGAGUCUCUUAAGGACGGAGUUCUUUUAUGCAAGCUUAUGAACAUCAUUUAUCCAGGUCUGAGGCCUCCAUUGUUUGUCGAUAUUAACCACAACACUCACACCCGUAUCCUGCUCACUCAAUUAGACGCCAAUAUCAAACCCAACGCCUCCAAGAUGCCAUUCAAACAAAUGGAAAACAUCAACAACUUUUUACAUGCUGCUACUCGUUUGGGCGUUCCGCUCCACGACCAAUUCCAAACUAUUGACCUGCAUCAAGGCAAAAACAUUCCUCAGGUCGUGCAAUGCAUGUACAGUGUUAGCAGAACUGCAUCUGCGAAAGGAUAUGCUGGGCCUUUACUCGGGCCAAAGCUCUCAACAUCGAAUUCGAGAGAGUUUAGUCAAGAUGUGAUGAAUCAGAGCAAGAAGGUUAUUGGUCUUCAGAUGGGUCUGUCAAAAGAUCAAGGAGCAAACGCGUCUGGAAUGUCUUUUGGUGCAAAGCGGGACAUUGGUGGUGGACGCUCAUAA